AUGGCGACUGAAUAUCUUUAUAGAGUCUGCAUUGAAUACGUCAAGGUCUUCGUGAGAGACCUGCUCUCGUCGGUUGCUACCAUUCACGGGGCAUAUUCAAUCAUUUCAGAGAAAGGUUUGACUGAGAUUGUCUCCUGCACGUUGAAGUGCCUUGAUUUGGAGGUUCUGGUGUACGACCGUCUCUGCGCUGAGCUGGAUGAUCCAAACCCUGAAUCCUGCCUUCGUCAGUGCUCUGAUCCGGAGGAUGAGCAACACCUCACGCAGACCCUAGUCAGCUUAUGCCAGCUUGUCGAUACUUCAAGCCUGAGCCUCGACGAGAACAGGCUCUACCGCAGGGACCUCAUCACUCCGCCAACCGACACACCCACAGGCAAAGGGCAUACGCGAACUCGUGCGCCGCCCAAAAUCACAAGCGCCUCGCCAACCCACAAGAUUACAACUCUCACAGAGCUCACAAACCCGCCCACCACAAGCCCCAGUGCCUCGUCGCAGAAAACUACAAAUGGCCCCCUUCCUACAUCGCUCAUCACAUCGGCCUCUCCCUCGACCCUUACCGAGUCCAGCCCAACCCCAACCUCAUCCUCAGCAUUGCCGCAAGCGACCCAGUCCCCCAAGUCUUCGACAAGUCUCUCUCCAGGCGCCAUAGCAGGAAUAGCCAUUGGCGGUGUCUUGCUCUGCGUAAUCCUCUUGAUCGCGUUACGAUGCUGCGUCAUCCGUCGAAGAAGAGCGCUUCACCAGCAGGGCAACGAGAAUAAAGCGAAGCCACUACCCCUGAUCACUAGUCCUGAAAUCCCGGAGAAGCACGGAAAUUCCAUCAACGAGAUUGAUGGUCGAGUAACCGCGUAUCCACCGGGCCCGAUUCACGACGCUAUCUUUGAACUAGGCGGCGACCCUGUUGUUGAGUCUCGCUCGGAGAUAUCGGACACGCCCAAGUUUUCAGUGAUAGAGACAGAGGGAAAUAAACGCCGGGGGGAAACUAGAUCCGACGAGCCCCGAGGAGUCUGA